AUGGCUACGCAAGCUGCUCCCUCGACUCCCAAAGCUGCAGCAAUCGCGGCUCCUGCCUCGGAAGGGUCUGGUACACCGGGCAAAUGGCGUCAUCCACAACUCAAUGAGAUUGUGAGGCGUCAGAAUGCCGCGACAUUCGGCGACAAGGAUGUUAAGAGGUUACUAUGGAACGGAGCUGCUUUGGUGACGACUUGGCUCUUUGGGAACACCUUCAAAACCUACGCACGUCUCAUUUUCGAGACCAAACCCUUCUACCACGAGCUUUCACUCCUACUACUCCAGCUCUUCUUCGCCUUGAAUAUUUUCCUGGCUCUCUACCCUCUCUACAGACCCAAGGACGACCUUUCGGACAUUCCCCUUACCCCCACCCAGCGUGCUCUGUUGGGCCUGGACCCUACUGCUACACCACCCGCCACCCCCGGAACCACAUAUGUCACCCCUCCGAGAUACCGAAUGUCCACUUCACGCAAGGCCAGCCCUGCAAGCCGACAGACUUCUCCAAUGUCUGCGACCCCGACCCUUUCCGAGCGACUGGUUUCCUCAGGACCCUCGUUCUCGCCCGCGUCUAGCCCGCUGUUCCACAAAGCAGUCGCAAAUGGAGGCAGAGACACCGGCCGGAGACAGAGCUUUGGGUCAUCGUCACCUCUUGGUCGGAGCAAUUCAUUUGGGGAGUCCAGCAUUGGACCUAGCACCCCUUCUCCACUAGGUGGCAAGCGAGCGAGUCUGGGAGUGAGCAACCGGUGGCUGUAUGAGAGAAGUCGACGACUCUCUGCUAGCAAUGGGGCUCAUUGAUUUUCUUUUUCUGUAUCCAAUACUGGGCUGGGCGGCAUGGAGUUUGUAGCAUACGGUUUCUGAGCGAUUUCUUCAUAAUGAACUGGAAGAAUAUCCAAAUUAUCC